UUUGAAUGAUGAUCUAUCAUAUUAAGAUGAUGCUAGACUGCAUAGCCGACCCGGUCCGACCCACCAUCGGUUCUCUAAGGAGCAUAGCUACCCCUCAUCUUGUCCGAUAUAUAUCUAAUGACAUUUCCUUCCUUUCCAUGCCCUUAUGAAUUGUUCUUCUUCCCAGAGACUUCUAUUUGCCAAACACGAGUCCAGUCUGUAAUUACAUCGACAAGUCAUCCCAUCGCUUCGCUUGAUCCACCAUGUCUACCGACAAGAUUACCUUCUUGACCAACUGGCACGCGACGCCGUACCAUGCCCCUCUCUACCUAGCCCAGGCCAAGGGGUACUUCAAGGACGAAGGCAUUAAGGUGGCUCUUCUAGAGCCCAACGAUCCGAGUGACGUCACCGAAAUCAUCGGCACCGGAAAGGUCGACCUUGGCUUCAAGGCCAUGAUCCACACCCUUGCCGCAAAAGCCCGUAACUUCCCGGUCCUUUCCAUCGGCUCGUUGCUCGACGAGCCUUUCACCGGUGUCGUGUACCUCAAAGACAGCGGUAUCACCCCCGACUUCACGACUCUCAAGGGCAAGCGAAUCGGUUAUGUUGGCGAAUUCGGAAAGAUCCAGAUUGACGAGCUUACUUCUCACUACGGCAUGACCCCAGCCGACUACACCGCCGUGCGCUGCGGCAUGAACGUGUCCAAGGCCAUCAUCAAGGGGGAGAUCGACGCCGGCAUCGGCCUCGAGAACGUGCAGAUGGUCGAGCUGGAGGAGUGGCUCGCCUCCCAAGGCCGCGCCAAGAGCGACGUGCAGAUGCUGCGCAUCGACGAGCUCGCCGAGCUGGGCUGCUGCUGCUUCUGCACCAUCCUGUACAUCGGCAACGAGCGGUUCCUCGCCGAGAACCCGGAGAAGGCGCGCGCGUUCAUGCGGGCCGUCAAGCGCGCGACGGACUUCGUGCUGGCGGAGCCGGCGCGGGCCUUCGCCGAGUACGUCGAGUUCAAGACGGCCAUGGGCACGGAGCUCAACCGCAAGAUCUUCGAGCGCUCGUUCGCGUACUUCUCCAAGGACCUCAAGAACGUGCGCCGCGACUGGGAGAAGGUGACCCGGUACGGCAAGCGCCUCGGCGUCCUGGACCAGAGCUUCGAGCCUAACUACACCAACGCGUUCCUGUCCUGGACCCUCGACGGCGAGUCUGCCGACCCGACCGGAGAUCAGAAGCGCAUGGUGGUGCUGCAGAAGGACGUUGCUAGCAACGGCGGUUUUCACCGCCUUGAAGCUGGCGGCGCUAAUGGGACUGCUGUCCAGGCUUAGGGGGUGUGACGUGAUUCUCGGGAAUACUUUACCGCGUUCGCGAAACGAGAUUAUUACCUACGCGCAGGCAUUCGCUCUUUACAAAUAAGCCUCCAGGACGCUCCUUACGUCAUAAGUAGGAUAGUUGCUCUAGUAUGGCGACGUAUAUCAGAGCCAAAUAAAAUAGCAACAGCGGCUAUGAGUCUUUUAGUACAAAUGUGAAAACUUGAAAUUCUGUAAAAGACCUCGUAUUAAGUUCGUCGUUACGCGUUUGGGGUAACAGUAUAGGUAUGCACUUAAACGUAUGGAUAUGCUAAUCUGCUCAUCCGUCUAAGUGCAUAUAAGGUAGAGAAAUACAAGUGAAAUUCGUAUAGAUACGUAAAUAUCUCAGCGUUAAUUCCCUUGUUUAAAUCAUAUCUUGGUUUCCUGCAGAAAAGAAUUAAGGAAGAUAGAAUGUUGUAUUGUUGUUUUAGUCUCUAAGCUCUAAAAUCUCCGCAGGAGAUUUUAAAUACCUCCCACAGUGCAAGUAGCACUUUCCCAGCUUGUACACUCCAUCUCCUGCCAAGAUCUCUCUGAACCCCACGCCAAGAUGC